AUGCUGGUUUUACAGUCGGUGCGCUUCGCGGUUCGUUCGCUCGGAUGGACUGAAAUCGCUGAGGAAAAUUUGACUCCAGAGAGAAGCUCUCGCGCCGUCAAUCAAGCUAUUAUGGACUUAUCCACGGGUCGCAACGACUUCAUGGAAAAAGUGGCUAAAUGGGGCGACGGCAAGGAGUUAAUCAUGGAGCUGGACAGCCAUAAUUUGAAACUGCGGGACGCCGACAGCGACACCGUCUUGCACAGCCAACCGAUACACCAGAUUCGAGUUUGGGGAGUUGGCCGCAACAAUGGAAGAGAUUUCGCUUAUGUGGCUCGCGAUCGCAGCACCAGGAAGUUCAUGUGUCAUGUCUUUCGGUGUGACACGCCCGCUUCCACGAUCGCUAAUGCUCUUCGCGACAUUUGUAAACGGCUGAUGCAGGAACGCCGCUCGAACGUUCGACAGCAGUUCACAUCGUCUAGCGCAGCUGCUCUCACAGACUCUUUCCCGACUCCAAUGGAAGAACCAAAGAAGGUAAUACGAUGCCAUUUCUUAGGUGUCACCCAGGUACCAAAAGCUACAGGAAUCGAGAUUCUAAAUGAGGCGGUGGACCGUCUUGUUGCUCAAGUACAGACCGACCGAUGGAUCCUAGUCGACGUCAGCAUUUCUCCUUCGACCAUAAUUAUUACAGAAGUCGGAGGUUCGAAAAUUGCCGAAUGCCGCGUUCGCUUCUUAUCGUUCCUGGGCAUCGGCCGCGACGCUAAGUACGUUAGAGAUCCUUUCGCCUUUUGUAACUGUUGUCUUUCGGUUUUCUGUUUAUUAAUGACGGUUGUAUGCAAAUGA